GGGACAGAGAGACGAGGGAUAGAAAUACACAAACCUCUCCUGACUGCAGCAGACUCCCUCUCUCCCUUGCCUCUUAAAUGUUCGUCUGUUCCAGCUCUCCACGCUGCCUCUUUCCUCAGUGUAAUCAGCUGUCAGCUAGACUUGAUGUUGUAAAAUCCAUGUGAGGAGGAAAGACAGAUGCAAUGAUUUGAAAGAUCUUCAUCAUUUUUUGCUUACUUGAAGAAUACAGUGAAACCGUUUGCCAGCAUUAUUAUCUGGAAUUAUAGGUUUAAUAUCCAACAUCAGUGUUACUAAUUUCUUAUUAAAUAGUACCUCACAGUAGUAGAAAAAUGUAUGGAAGUGCAAGAACAAUCAGUAAUUUGGAAGGCAGUCCUUCCAGGUCUCCUCGUUUGCCAAGAUCUCCUCGUCUGGGCCACAGGAGAACAAGCAGCGGGGGAGGUGGAGGAACAGGUAAGACACUAUCAAUGGAGAACAUCCAGUCCCUUAAUGCAGCCUAUGCAACAUCUGGACCGAUGUAUCUUAGUGACCAUGAAGGUGUAGCAUCUACUACUUUCCCAAAGGGCACAAUGACUCUUGGAAGGGCUACAAAUCGAGCUGUGUAUGGUGGUCGAGUCACGGCUAUGGGGAGUAGUCCAAAUAUUGCUUCAGCUGGACUUUCUCACACAGAUGUCCUUUCUUAUACUGAUCAGCAUGGAGGUCUGACCACAUCUUCACAUCAUCAUCAUCAUCAAGUUCCCUCUAUGCUGAGACAGGUAAGGGAUAGUACCAUGCUAGAUCUACAGGCUCAGCUCAAGGAACUACAAAGAGAAAAUGAUCUUCUGAGAAAAGAACUGGAUAUCAAGGACAGUAAGCUGGGAUCUUCCAUGAAUAGCAUCAAGACUUUCUGGAGUCCUGAGCUGAAAAAGGAAAGAGUCUUGAGGAAAGAAGAAGCUGCCAGAAUGUCAGUUCUUAAAGAGCAGAUGAGGGUUUCUCAUGAAGAAAACCAGCAUUUGCAGCUGACCAUCCAGGCACUUCAAGAUGAGCUUCGAACUCAGAGAGACCUUAAUCAUCUUCUUCAACAAGAAAGUGGAAACCGAGGAACUGAGCAUUUUACUAUUGAGCUUACAGAGGAGAAUUUUCGAAGACUUCAGGCAGAACAUGAUAGACAGGCUAAAGAGCUCUUUCUCUUGAGAAAAACUCUAGAAGAAAUGGAGUUGAGAAUUGAAACACAAAAGCAAACACUAAAUGCCAGAGAUGAAUCAAUAAAAAAGCUUCUAGAAAUGUUGCAAAGUAAAGGUUUGCCAUCCAAAGGAAUGGAAGAUGACAACGAAAGAGCUCGAAGGAUGGCUGAGGCUGAAUCGCAGGUUAAUCAUUUAGAAGUGAUUUUAGACCAGAAGGAGAAGGAAAACAUACAUCUUAGAGAGGAACUACACAGAAGAACCCAACUUCAGCCUGAACCAGCAAAGACAAAAGCUCUUCAGACAGUUAUAGAGAUGAAGGACACAAAAAUAGCUUCACUUGAACGCAAUAUAAGGGAUCUCGAAGAUGAAAUACAGAUGUUAAAGACAAACGGAGUUCUGAAUAUAGAGGACCGAGAAGAAGAGAUCAAACAAAUAGAAGUUUACAAGAGUCACUCAAAGUUCAUGAAAAAUAAGAUUGACCAAUUGAAACAGGAACUUUCAAAGAAAGAAUCAGAACUUCUCGCCUUACAAACUAAACUUGAAACCCUUAGCAAUCAGAAUUCAGAUUGCAAGCAACACAUUGAAGUGCUUAAAGAGUCGCUUACUGCCAAAGAACAGAGAGCUGCCAUACUUCAGACAGAGGUUGAUGCCUUGAGAUUACGACUGGAAGAAAAAGAAACUUUUCUUAAUAAAAAAACAAAACAACUGCAAGACCUCACGGAAGAGAAGGGAACCUUGGCUGGAGAGAUUCGAGAUAUGAAAGAUAUGUUAGAAGUAAAGGAAAGAAAAAUCAAUGUCCUUCAGAAAAAGAUUGAAAAUUUACAGGAGCAACUUAGGGACAAAGAUAAACAGCUAAGCAAUUUAAAAGACAGAGUGAAAUCAUUGCAAACGGAUUCCAGUAACACGGACACAGCUCUCGCAACAUUAGAAGAAGCUCUGUCCGAGAAGGAGAGAAUAAUAGAGCGCUUGAAGGAGCAGAGGGAACGGGAUGACCGAGAAAGACUGGAAGAAAUAGAAUCCUUUAAAAAGGAAAACAAAGACUUGAAGGAGAAAGUUAAUGCUUUACAAGCUGAACUAACAGAGAAGGAGUCUAAUUUAAUUGACCUCAAAGAACAUGCAUCAUCACUGGCAUCAACAGGACUGAAAAGAGACUCCAAAUUAAAGUCUUUAGAAAUAGCCAUAGAACAAAAGAAAGAGGAAUGUAGUAAGUUGGAAGCACAGCUGAAAAAGCAAGCUGAACAGUUGUUCAAUCAGAUGUACAAUCCAAUGCCAAUUAGGAAUAAUGGGAAACAAGGGGCUCAUGAAGCUGAAGAAGAAGCUCGGCUGAACCCAGAAUUUGCAGACAGAAUGAAACAGCUUGACAAAGAGGCAUCUUACUACAGAGAAGAAUGUGGCAAAGCUCAAGCUGAGGUUGACAGACUUCUAGAAAUCCUCAAGGAAGUUGAGAAUGAGAAGAAUGACAAAGAUAAGAAAAUUGCUGAGCUAGAAAGUUUGACUUCCAGACAUGUGAAAGAUCAAAACAAGAAAGUGGCCAAUCUGAAGCACAAUCAACAAAUGGAAAAAAAGAAGAAUGUUCAGUUGCUGGAAGAAGUUCGUAGGCGAGAAGACAAUAUGACAGACAACUCUCAGCACUUGCAGUUAGAAGAACUGAUGAAUGCACUGGAAAAGACCAGACAAGAAUUGGAUGCUACCAAAGCCCGUCUUGCCUCAACACAGCAGUCUCUGGCUGAGAAAGAAGCACAUCUGGCUAACCUCAGAAUAGAGCGGAGAAAACAGCUGGAAGAAAUAUUAGAAAUGAAGCAGGAAGCACUGCUUGCUGCAAUCAGUGAAAAAGAUGCAAACAUUGCCUUGCUUGAACUGUCUGCUUCAAAGAAGAAGAAGACUCAAGAGGAAGUAAUGGCUCUCAAACGAGAGAAAGACAGAUUAGUGCAUCAGUUAAAACAGCAGACACAGAACAGAAUGAAACUGAUGGCAGACAACUAUGAUGAUGACCAUCAUCACUUCCACCACCACCACCACCACCACCAUCACCGGUCUCCUGGGAGGACCCAGCACUCGAAUCACCGACCGUCUCCAGAUCAGGAUGAUGAGGAGGGUAUAUGGGCAUAGCCAUUCCUAUAAACGAAAGUUCCAGUUUUAUUCUGAGGGAUGAUCCAGUCACUGUUGGAGGCACAUAGCCAUGGCAAAUCUCACGCUGUACAUUGAUCACCUGUCCAACCUUUGCCUAGAGUGUGAUCCCCAGUUCCUUCAAGAGUUCCAUCUUUACCUGUCCAUAGAGAGGAGGAGGAGAGAGACAUCUGGGAUAACCACACUUCAAAGAUUAACACCAGAGCAGUUGUCAGAGGAGCUGGAGAAAGAGGAGGAAAAAUGCAGCACUGCAGAAUUAAGCUGAUAAUCUAUUGCAGUCGAUCUCCAAACAUAACCAUGACAUCCUGGAGCAGAUCAUAGAAACAGAAGAUGAAUGCUGAGGUUGUUACCAGAUGAAAUGCUGCAUGAAUUGGUGUCUACUCCAUUAUUUCUUGUAGUCAUUAUGAAGUCAGAUGCUCUGGAAAAUAAUGAAGGGGACUCAAUCAGAAAUUACAAAAACUUCAUUUCCGCCUUUAAUGGGUCUUGUGUUCAGAAUAUUAUUAUUUAAUGACGUUCAGUUAAAUGAAUUCUUUUAACCAAUUUUGAUAAAUUGGUAUUGAUUUUUAAUGUAUAUUUCAGGUUGUGUUAGGUGCAGUAUCUUCAUCUGCUGAUUCUGCCUAGCGUAUUCUACAGUAACACUUCUAAAGUGGACGAGAUUGUCAAAGAGGUAUUAGUACACUAUUAUAUAAUGGAGUCUGCAUUAAUCUUACCCCCAGUUAGAAGUGGGCUUUUCAGAAAAGUAAAAACUAAGCCUUUACCCUCCUCUGUUUUCUUAUAUCUACUGUUACUCAAAUAAUCACAUUUUGAUAACGUGACGAGUAUUAAGCUCUGGGCCAGGUUGGAAAUGAAAUCAAUUUUUGGUACUACUUGCUGUUGGCAAGGAUUAGCCUUAUGAAAAUAUGGUGUGUGUCUCUGACAAUGCAUGGGACAUCUAAAUUGAUCAUCAAUAAUUUACAUACCAAAUAUAUAUAUUAGCGGAUGGUAAAAGCUUGAGGUAUGUAUAUGUACAUAUGUGUAUACAUGCACACGUAUACAGGAGUGGAUCAACCUUUUAACAUCCGAAUGCAUACAGGUAUGUAUUAAUAAAAGCUGGGACUCAUAAAUAUAUCAAGAUAAGAAUGCUGUGAAUACAGUAUAUGCAUUAGGCCUCCUAUAAAUGAUGGACCAUUUGUCACUGUUGUCUGUAGUGAACAAACAGCCUCCAUCAUGGAUCCCAAUGAAUUUUCAAUGUUAAACAAGAAAAUAUUAAUGAAUGAGGAGAAAAUAAAAGCUGUCUGUAUCAACAACGAAUUUCACAUAAAGAUGAAUAAUUUAAAGCACAUGCCAGGAAAAAGAAAAAAUCUGAAAUCAUUCUAAUGUAGUGAUGAGACACAAAUGAGAGUUAAAUUUCUACCACUUCCUCAAAGAGAGGAUCCUUACAACUUCAUAACCAUUUUCAGCCAGUCUGGCAAACGUGCAAAUGUUCAGCUGUUUUACUGAUGCAUCUCUCUUUUUGUCAGUGGAAGAAGUACUUCUCUACUGAUGUGAGUGGCAAUUGAAUAUUUGCAUUAUUAAAGGACAAACAAUAAAUUUAAGCAUGAGUGGCCUUCUUAGUGAUUUUUCUUUGCUGCUGUAAAAAAAAAAGUAUUCUAAAAUGGUUAUUCUGAAAGUCUUGCACUGAAUUUAGAAAAAUAUUAUUUUUUGAAAUCAUUGGUGCAAUUAUCCCUAAAGUAACAUCCUAUGUGAGCCAUACCUAUAUUAACCCCUUUAAAAUGAUUGCUGUGUAGAAAACCGUAUUUUAUUGUACCAUCAUUUUUGGUGCAAAUAAAGAGCAACUAAGUCAAGCAGGAAUCCUUCUUGAUAUUUCAUCUCAGUAAAUAGAAUAAAAUGUAUAGAAUUAGUAUAGCAUAGGUGAUCCAAAUUCAUUCAUGUUUAAAAAGUUUGUCCUUUAACUAUCAAUGGAAUUUUAGAUCUUUGUUUUCAAAACAGCAAAGCUCUUGGGAAUUUAUUUAGCACAUAUGACAAAUGUUGCACUUGCAAACUCAGACAACAGAACUUGUUUCUUGUGGUGAACUUGUUGUCAUAGUAAGGGGCAACUGUCUGUGUCUCUUACAAUCAGGUCUUUACCUUAACUCUGCAACUGAAUACUUGAAGUAGGAAAUACAUUAGGUGAAAAUAGGGUCAUAAAAACAAAACUGUAUAGUUAGAUAUUUAUAUGUAUGUGCCAAUUUUGUCACAGACAUUAUUUUAGGAGCACUUUUUGCUCCAUUCGUAUUGUAAGAGUAUUAAUCUAAACUUUUAUCAGGGGUUAUGAGUUAGCCCCUAAAGAAAAAAAAUUGUCUAACAUUUCGUUUUUUUCAUUUCAUGUGAUAUCUAUGAUGUUUGGAGAAAAAUCUUUUCAUAUACUGAAAUAGACUCUCGGGGUUUACAAUAAACACUGUGAUGUUGGGAAAAUAUUUUAUUUCAGCAAUGUUUGGUAGUUCCUCCCCUCCUUCUAAAUGUAAGAAAUUAAACCAACUUUUGGCUAACAUUUAAGAUAAAUAAUUAUUAUUUUAGUGUGGAAUCAGGCUUGUACUGCACAUUCUUUCUUUCAUUUAAAUGUACAGUAUGAAUUUUGUAUUUAAUGAAUUUUGUGUAUCUAGUAUGCACGUAACUGCACAUUGACUUUCAUUUGAAAGUGGGUUUAAAUUUCCUUUUUCAACAGUGUUUAUGAAAAGACCUCAGAUGUGUUGGCACAAACUAUAUCUGCAAUGUGUGUGGGGGGAGGGUUGUUUUUUCUUUUUUUUGUGUAGAGUGAUGUUUGAAUGUGAUGUUCUGCAACAAUGGGUCAGUAUUCUCUAUUUACCUUAACCCCUCAUUUGAUAGUGCUUCAUGUAAUAAUUUCCUCAAGUGAGUGGCAUGUUCUGGAUUGUGAUAUUGAUAUGUGGUUAAGGACAUUGAUAUGAAACUAAGGCAUCCUUAGAAAUUACCAGUGGGCAUGUAUUAGACAGUCAUUGUAAUUUAAUGUCUAGUAAAAGUGUGAAGUAUCAAGGUAUUUAGAGAACAUAACAUUAUUAUCAUGUGUAUGGGAAGUACUUACU